AAGAGCGUCAGCAGUAGAGAAGCAGUGAGUGAGUGACAUUGACUCCGCGAGGAAACACUCGAAUCGAUCGACGACCCCGCGAAUUUCUACGAGAAGAGUUUUUUUUUAAGUUGAGUUUUUUUUAAUUUUUAGGGAGUUUUAGUUUUGUUUGUUGAUAAGGAACUAGAGCGGGCAUGCGCCUAAUACACUUGAUCCUACUUGGCAUAUUAUUGACCAUAUGCCAGGCAGGUGACGAAGGAAAUGACACUGAAAGCGAUACUUCCAGGAAAAUCCUCGGAUCCAGUGUGGUGACAUCGGUCUCAGUGAUCAUGGACACCGGAAACAAAAAAAACACGAUCUUCACAGACGCGGUAGGAAAACCCCAAUCGAAACCGUCCAACCCUUCGGAACUCGCUAGUCCCAUCGACCUACUAAACCCCGAUCGUUACGAGUUCUACACUUUUGACGAUAACGGCGAUCUAGUGAAACGUCUGAUGUCCUUAGAGGAGAUCAAAAGUAUCAUCGCCACCGGAGACAACGAAGAUUUCGACCUGGACUCGUUCACCUCCCAAGGGUUUCUACCGGAGAAACGGGUCAGUGACGUGGUGAACAACGUCCAAAACGUCCUCAAGGAAGAAAUGGAAAUCUUAAAAGACCCAAUAGCCAAACCGAUAUUCGAUACACCGGACGUGAGCGACUCUUGGAGCAUGAUUCUACCGGCGGUUUUCGGUAACUCCGGAGAGGACAUUAAGCCGGAGAAACCGGUGGUGGCUGUCACCCCUGACACAUUCCUAGUAGAACCGGCGACUACUACCAAAAAACCUUUGAUGGUGACUCCGAUUUAUUACAGCAGCACUUCAUUAACAUCGGCGGCGCCAAAACCUUCGUUGGACGUGGAAAUUAUAUCCAACAGUGGUUCAAACAAUUACGAAAAAACUACAACGACUGAAACGCCCACGAGACCCCCGAUAGUUCAUUCGACUCCUCCUCCAUUUAUUAGAGAUAGCACCACAUCGAAGGCAACAGCAAAACCGAAUAUAUUCGGAUUGCCUCCCCAUAUGGAUCCUGACCAUUUAAGUGACUAUAGGAGGACAACUAGUUUGCCUAGACCAAGCACACUAGCUGGAUCCAAUAUAUUUGGAUUCCCCACUAAGACUGAUGAUAAAAUAGUCGAGUCGAAACCGGUGACAAACAUAUUAGGCUUCCCCGAGUCUAGUGAGCAGAGCAGCACGUUGAAAGUGACUAAGAAGCCAUCGGGAGUGGUUACUUUGGGCGUUCCAGCACCUACAGAAGAAAUUAUGACGACUCAUUCAAGCCAAAGCACAAUAUCUGGAUAUCAGGAGCAAAUGUCCAGUAAGGAGCCUCUUUUCACCCUGAUGGGACUCACCAAGUCUCCUGGAUUAGUAACGACUCCCGAAGCAACAGGUUUUACGCAAAUAAUGACGUCUAGGCCAAGCAAAAGACCUGCUAGUUCCAGCUUCACUUCUUCAAUAACUACUUCUCGGCCAAGUCAAGGACCCACCACUUCAACUGCAAGUUUCACUUCUUCACCUGAAGCAUCAACAACUACUGUUAGGCCCAGUAAAAGACCUGCUACUUUAAGUUCAAGCUUCACUGCCUCAUCUGAAGCAUCACUAUCAACUACUUUUGGACCAAGUAGAAGACCUGCCACGUCAGGUUCUUCAAGCUUCACUUCUUCACUUGUAUCAACUACUUCUGCUCCCACUAAAAGACCUGCUACGUCAAGUUUUUCUUCUCCUUCUACAGUAUUCACAAGUGAAACUUCUUCCCUGGCACCGUCAGUUCCAUCUUCGACCCUAUCAGGAUCUGCGGUAUCAAAGAUAAGCGUUUCUCCUCACCUAGGCACCUCUAGUGUGGUACUUUCCGAAGCCACCACUUCUAAGCCGUCCACGUGGGUUCCGACUGCCGAAGAUUCUCAACUGUUUAGCAUAUUUAAAGAAGUUUUGUCCCAGGGAGUGACCACUGAGAAAAUCAGAAGAACUACUGUGACUGAUAGAGUAACUACUUUGCCUCCAAUCCUGAAUUCUUUGAGCGAGAACCAGAAACUGUCCGCCUCCGAGCUUUUGGAUCAGCUGCUCCUCACCACGAACAUUUACGAAAUUAAUACUGAGCUCGCUAAGCAGAACUUUACCGGUGAAGCUUUGACAACUACUACAGAAAGCGAGCGGGACUCUUAUUCACCCACCACCGACAUCACUUUGAUACAGAGCAUCGAGCAAUUGCUCUCACAGGCUGUGGGGGACGUACAGGCAAUCGUAAACUUGACCACCGAGCAACCACCUUUGGGCAAAGAAAGCGAACCGCUAGAAGCUGAUAUUACCACAAGCAACACUGACAUUGACUUAAUUUCUACUACUUUAAAUGAUGAAACCACUUCUAGUCAAGUGGAUAUGGAUGAAAACUAUUUAAAUACUGAAACGACUGUGGUGCCUACUACCACGGAGUCUGCUACAGUUUACUAUGUGAUUAGGAGGGAGCCCAGUACUGCUGCAACAAAUUUAAUUAAUGCCACUUUGGUCAGUAAGCCUGCUAAAGCUGACUUAACUUUGGAACAAGAAGUUUUAGCAGAGGAGUUAAAACAGUUUACUGCCACAGACCAGAACAUUACUCCGACGGAGCCGCUGCCAGAAAAAACUGAAACAGUGGAAGUGGUUUUGAAUUCCACUACAGAGAGUGCUACCGAGGUUACUACCCAAGAAGAGCUCACAACUGUUCAAGAGGAAACAACCACUGCUACUACUGAAACACUUCUGCCUUCAACCGAUACCGAGGAGAACUUGAUCAUUCAGAGCACCACUAAAGCGGAAACCAUCAAAAACGGCCCUAGGCCCUCCAUAGUGAUCAAUGUAAACCCCAACGGAACAAUCGUUACGGAAAAUGGAAAACUGGUGGCGAACAAGACGACUACUAACUCCACCCAGCAAGAUCAUGCUUGGACUCUGGUUUCGACUGUGGCUCCCCAACAAAACCCACCUCCAUCGACUCAACAAUAUCCAGUUGAAAAACCCGCUGCCCCAGUGGACCUGGUGCCGAAACCCAUGCAAGGAUUCGGUUUGGAAGACACCACUUCCACCCUGGACGUGGACGUUCACCAAUUCAUCCAGUUGUGUAACGAGUUGGCGUUCGGGUUCUGGAAAACGGUCACGACCGGUUUGAGUUCGGCCAGAAGUAUUUUUGUGUCACCUUUUGCUGCCACUUCUAUGCUGGCCAUGGUGUUCUUGGGGGCGAAAGGGGCCACGUCGGAGGAAAUGAACGAGAUCUUAAAGUUGGACGAUAUGGUCACUUUUAAUCCCCAUUUGACGUUUAAGGGUGUAAGUGAGUCAAUCGUGGCUGAGCCCAAGAGUGGGGUGGCCACCACCGUGAUGAUCCGUGAGUUGUUUAGUGAUAGAAGCAAAGGGAAACUGUUGGAUUUUUAUAAGAAUCGCGUGAAGGCUUUCUACGACGGGUACGUGGAGGAGGUGAGCUAUAGGGAGAUCGGAGAUGUGAUCAGACGAAGAUCGAACCUGCUGGUGAAGAAGUACUCCGGGGGGAAGUACCAGCAAUUUAUUAAGGAUUCUUUGGUGGUGGCCAGGGCGCCACUGAGCGGAGUUGCCAUUAACAUUUUUGAGACUGACUGCUCGGAAACUUCGAGGGAAGGCAGGGAUGGCGAGAUGCACUUUAUCGUGUAUCCCUCGAUAAAGCAGCGCCGCCUGGUGCCGAUUCCAGCGGUCGUGUAUAAAACUGGAUUUUUGGCUGGCUACGAGCCGAGUCUGGAUGCUACCGCUGUAGCUGUUGGCCAUAAGGAUCAAACUGUUAGCACCAUCUUUGUGGUGCCGGGGCAACAAGGGAUUUCCAGUUCCGGGGAUGGGUUGAUCCGCUUGGAAAAGAGGCUUGUGGAAAGUUCUUUUAAAAAAGGUGCUUGGUCUAGAUUACUUCGCUCGUUAAUCCCACGGCCAGGCCUAGAAGUCCAAAUUCCCAGAUUCUCCCAUCGUUCGGUUAUUAAUGCCACCACCACCCUGCAACGGAUGGGCCUACACGAGCUUUUUAACCCGGAUAGUGCCGAUCUCAGGGGGUUAAACGGGGUGGCGAACGAGCUCCAUUUGGCCGACGUGUUGCAAAUCAACAAAUUCACCACUUGCGGAGAUGUUAAGGGUGACGAUGCGCAUCAUUCUGAGGUUUAUCCCGCCACCACCAUGAGAGCCAGGUCCUCGCGCAGGUUAAGAUUCCCCAGUUCCGACCAAUCGGAAGAACCGCGGGACUACCAAAGGGCGUUCCACGACCCUUUGCACGACCCGACGUUACUCGAUUUGCCUUUGUCCCUUAGGCCCCGACAGGCGAGGAUACCCGAGGUGCCCCGACUACGGUUCGACCGGCCCUUUUUGUACUUUGUCCGCCAUAAUCCCACCGGGUUGAUUUUGCACAUGGGCCGGUUUAAUCCCCGUCUGUUGCCCUGAAUGGACUUAUGAUAUAUUUUUUUUAUUUAAAAUAAGACUGUAACAUAUAUAUAUGCGUACUUAAUUUAUAGUUGUAGUAAGGGAAAAAUGCUGUUUUUUUUUCGUUGGGGGGGAGAUCAGACGGACUGAUCAGGUUCCAGGAAGUUUCUUUAGUUAAUAAAUUAAGUUAAGUAAGUUUUAAAUUAAUUAUUAUUGUUAAUAAGGGGAUAACCUUAGCCAAAAGUGAUGCUAACAGCUUUCGAGGUUAAUUGGUUGAGAAGAUUGAUUACACAUGUGAUUUUGUACAAAUGAUAGAAAUUAAUGUUAAAUCAAAAUUUUUUAAUGAUUUCAGUAUUAUGUGGAAUAAGUGUAAUUUAUUUUUAAUAAAUUCCUAAAAAAAAGUA